CAUAGACUUAACAUUGAAUGUCAUUGAAUUGUAUACACAAAACACCGGUCAAUGAUUGGUAACGUUGUAUGUGUAGUGAGUGUCGGUUAUGUUCAUCAAUGCCAACGUGUAAUAGACUUAACAAACAAUUGAGACAAUCAUUGAUUGCAUUGACUGUAAUCACCAAAUCAUCACUUGAUUUGUUCACAUCAUCACCGAUAAGAUGUACAUCAAAUCACCGCAAAUACAUUUAUGGACAAUAGUGUCGGUGUUGUUAUACCUUUGCCACAGACUUGACGCUUAUUUUCUGGUAAUCGACGCUCACGCAGAAGAGUGUUUCUUUGACAAAGUGGUGACCGGAACCAAACUCGGCCUUACCUUUGAGGUCGUGGAGGGAGGCUUUCUGGACAUCGAUGUCAAGAUUACAGGUCCCGACAGCAAAGUGAUUCACUCGGAAGAGAGAGCGUCGAGCGGUAAAUACACGUUUGCCGCUCAUAUGGACGGCAAUUAUGUGUACUGUUUUGGCAAUAAAAUGUCUACAAUGACACCUAAAGUGGUAAUGUUUUCGAUGGACAUCGGAGACGCACCGAAAACAGAGGAACAACUGAAAGCACAGGACGCCAAUCACAACAAACUGGAGGAACAGAUUAAAGAGUUGUCCGGUGCUCUAACAGCUGUCAAACACGAACAGGAAUAUAUGGCAGUUCGUGACCGCAUUCAUCGGUCAAUUAACGAGAGUACUAACUCUCGAGUAGUGUUGUGGGCCUUCUUUGAGGCACUGGUUCUCGUGGCCAUGACUUUAGGUCAGGUCUAUUAUCUCAAGAGAUUUUUCGAAGUCAGACGAGUCGUUUAGUCCUUAAGUUAUAGUUUUUAUAAUAACUCAAAUUAUAAAUUAAAUUAAUUAAUAAUUAUAUAAUUAUAACUAUAAUUUUCUCUCAAUAUUUUGUAAUUUAUUAUUUACAAGAUUUAUUAAUAUUGCUAUAAAGUG